UCAAUAGCUAUAUCCCCAUCGAAUUAAAAAAAAAAGAAAAAAAUGUAAUAACUUAACAUGGUAAUGAUAACCAAAAGGAAAUAAUAAAAAUAAGAAAAACCUAACCCUUUAAAACGGCAGUCCGUCCCCCAUCGCUUGACUGCCUCUGUUUCCGUUUCAGAGAUUUCCUUCAAUCGUCUUCUUCAUUUCUUCAUUCGAGGAGGGAAAGGGAGAUUCCUUUCUCUCUCUCUCCGCGACCCUCUUGAAGCCAUUGGAAGAAGAAGGUCCUGAAAGCUUCUUGAUCUCACAGACCCAUCGCCGAGAGAGAUCGACCCUUGCUACUCCAUUUCUUGCCAUUCUUCCCCCGAAUAAAGCAGAGGAGAAAUUUACCCACCACCAUUCUGACUCCAAUGGCGGUUUCUACGGCCUCUUUUGGAUUUUUGGCUGCCGCCGCCCUCAUCUUUGCCAUCUUCUUGCCGGUUGCUCAGCCUCAUUCCUUGGCUCCGGCACCCGCUCCCACCAGCGACGGGACAUCCAUAGACCAAGGGAUAGCUUAUGUGUUGAUGAUGGUGGCAUUGGCACUGACAUAUCUCAUCCACAAUGCUGAUUUAUCCAACACCUUCUAAAAAGAUUGUAUGAUCAAGCAUUUGUAGAACCUCUUUGAUCAAAGGGGAAGGGAAUUUAGUUAGAAAUGCAAAUGGGUUUUUGAGGGAAUUUGAUUCUUUUUUGCAUAUUGUAGUUCCUUUUGAACCUCUUUUGAUCAAAGGAAAAGGGAAUUUAGUUAGAAAUGCAAAUGGGUUUUGAGGGAUUUUAUUAUUUUUUUAGUAGUUGCUUUGGGUGUUUCUGUUUUGGUCUUAUUUAUGAUGCUGAAUGAGUCUGUUGGUGUGGUCUUGUAUUGCUAUGUACAGUGUCCUGAUUUGGAAUGAGAUUUAUUGGGUUAUCCCUAUUUUUCUUUU